AUGCAGCUGGAAGCACGUGUAACCCGAAAAUCAGAGGAGGACAAAAUCUCACCCAAAGACGACAAUUGCACAAAAGUUUUUAACGCUUUUGCAACGGAUGCUGUCGGUGCUUUGAAAAAUGGCAAGCAAGUGGGAACUGAAACACAGAGCGGACCGACUGGCAUCGAAACGGCACCAAACUAUAACAGUCGUCUCAAAAUACCUAUUAAGAAGUAUGAUAACAUUUCCGAGGACAUCCAAAUGCGACCUGCAGCGACUGUUUCUCCAAGAAGAAAGGCAAAAAGGAGUGUGGGUCCAACAUACAGCGAAAAUGUGGAUAGGAGUAUAAGUGGAGAAGCGCAGUCAGGAGAGAGGUUUGUGGAGAAUGUGCAAGGUGUUUCCAACUCCAGAGCCGAGUACCGGCGCACCGGGGAAGAAGCCAGAGGGUCUAACCCGAGACAAAGUGAGCCUCACCUGGACACUUCUACCUUUGCUCUGUCGGGAGACUCGGCGCACAACCAGGCGAUGGUGCACUGGUCUGGACACAACAGCAGCGUGAUCCUGAUCUUGACUAAGCUGUAUGACUUCAACCUGGGGGCUGUUACCGAGAGCUCGCUCUGGAGAUCCAGUGAUUAUGGAAGCACCUACAACAAACUCAAUGACAAAGUGGGUUCAAGGACAGUUUUAAGUUACCUGUACGUCUGCCCUACCAACAAACAGAAGAUAAUGAUGCUUAGCGACCCAGAGGUAGAGAGCGCUGUCCUCAUCAGUUCAGAUGAAGGGGCAAGCUUUGAGAAGCAUCCCAUUAACUUCAACAUCCUGAGCCUCCUCUUCCACCCGGCACAGGAGAACUGGAUACUGGCUUACAGUCAUGACAGCAAGCUGUACAGCUCAAUGGACUUUGGGAGGAAAUGGCAGCUUGUUCACGACAACGUGAUGCCAGGCCGAUUCUACUGGGCGGUAAUGGGGCUGGACAAAGAAUCAGAUGUGGUCCACAUCGAAACGCGCAUCGCAAAAGGCCGCGCUCAGUACGUGAAGUGCAGAGCCCAACGCUGCACAGAUGGCAACAGACAGUACCUCUUUCCUGGACAUGUAGACACCAACUCACUGGUUGUGCAGGAUGAAUAUGUUUUCACACAGGUGACGAAGUCAGGACGAGCCAGCUACUUUGUCUCCUACAUGAGAGAAUCCUUCAAGCGGAUGAAGUUACCUAAAUAUUGUCUACCAAAGGACAUGCAUAUCAUCAGCACAGAUGAGAAGCAGGUCUUUGCUGCAGUUCAGGAGUGGAAUCAGAACAAUACUUACAGCCUGUAUAUCUCAGACUCCCCCGGGGUCUACUUUACCCUUUCAUUAGAGAAUCUGAGAACCAGCCGAGGACCCGCUGGUAACCUACUGGUGGACUUUUAUAAGGUUGAGGGGAUAAAUGGCAUGUAUCUCGCCAACAAACUGGUGGAUAAUCACAUCAAGACUUUUAUCACCUACAACAAGGGACAAACAUGGGCCCUUCUGCCAGGUCCUUCCACUGAUGUGGCUGGGAAUAACCUUCACUGCAUUCUGCCAUUUUGUUCGCUGCAUCUUCAUCUGGAGAUGUUGGAGAAUCCCUACACGUCUGGACCCAUCACCAGCAAAAAGUCUGUUCCAGGAAUCAUCGUGGCUACAGGGAAUAUUGGAACAGAGCUGUCCUCCACCAACCUUGGGAUGUUUAUAACAUCUGAUGCAGGAAAUAGCUGGAGACAGAUUUUUGAUGAAGAGCACAACAUUUGGUUCCUUGAUAAUGGGGGGGCUUUGCUGGCAGUCUUACACGCAGCGACGCCGAUUCGACACUUAUGGAUCAGUCUCGACGAAGGAAAGAAGUGGGACCGUCACAGUUUCUCCUUGGCACCUCUGUAUGUGGAUGGGGUUUUAAUGGAGCCAGAAUCUGACAAUCACAUUAUCACUUUCUUUGGACACUUCAGCCAUCGGUCAGAGUGGCAGCUGAUCAAGAUCGAUUACAAGGGCCUCUUCAGCAGGAGAUGCAUGGAUGGAGAUUAUCAGACAUGGCACCUGCACAACAAGGGAGAGCUGUGUGUGAUGGGCGAGAGGCAGAUCUUUAUGAAGCGCAGGCCAGGCAACCGUUGCAUGCUGGUCCAGGACUAUUCCAGGAUCUAUUCCUCUGAGCCGUGCCUCUGCACAACCUAUGAUUUUGAAUGUGAUUAUGGAUGGGAGCGCCAGGCGGAUGGGAAGUGCUCCCCUGCUUUUUGGUUUAAUCCAAAUGGUGCAGCUAAAAGCUGUAGUUCCAGCCAAAGCUUCCUUAACAGCACAGGGUACCGGAAGGUUUUGUCCAAUAACUGUAAGGAGGCAGGGAGGAACGUGUACUCGCCCAGGAGGCAGGCUUGUCGUCCCAGACCACCCCGAGGCCUCCGGCUCUCGACCAAUCAAGGAGAGCUCAGCGCCCCAGUUGGCAGUAACGUCACUUUCAUGGUCUACCUCGAAGACGGAGACUCGCUGAGGACCAGCAUCCAGCUAGACUUUGGGGACGGCAUCAAGAUCACGUACUCUAACCUGAGCAGGACUGAUGAUGGCAUCAUGCACAUCUACAGAACGACUGGGAUUUACCGAGUGACAGCUUCAGCUGAGAACAGCCAGGGAUCUGACAGCAGCACACUGUUUUUACACAUCACCAGUCCUGUGGAGCGUGUAUAUCUCUCCGUUCCUAUUGUAGCCAUCAGGGGGAAGGAGGCUAAUCUGACUGCGGUGGUUUGGCCGAGUCACACCAGAACAUUGACCUUCUUCUGGUGGUUUGACAACAGCUCCGAGCCCAUUAUAACCUUGGAGGGAAGCAUCUCAUACACGUUUCAGAGAGAGGGGAAAAACAAGGUCACGGUCCAGGUUGCUUCUGGGAGCACCGUAAUGCAGGAUUCAAAAGUUAUAACUGUUAAAGAGUUCUUCAGGUCGCUGCUGUUGUCGUUCUCGCCAGCGCUUGAUGAGCACAAUCCUGACAUCCCCGAGUGGAGGGAGGACAUAGGCCGUGUGGUGCGGGCAGCUCUGUCACAGGUGUCUGGGUUUCCUAGAGAUCAGCUGCUGGUCUCUCUGUACCCAGGACUUCCAACUACAGCAGAGCUCUUUAUCCUGCCUGAUGAGCAUACAGCCAGUGAGCACAAGAGAGGGAGCGAGGAGGCUCUAGAGACGAUAUCAGAUAUUUUUGUCACUGCCCUGAACCAAGGCCUGAUCCAGUUUGAGUUGAAAGCUGAUACUCGCAUUAUUGUGUACAUGACUCAGCAAACUCUGGCACCACUUGUGGAUUCAAACUCCAUCCACAGUGGGUCGGCCAUGCUGAUGCUGCUCACUGUGGUGUUUGUCGGUCUAGCCGCAUUCUUCAUCUACAAGUUCAAAAGGAAAAUCCCCUGGAUCCAUGUCCAGACUGAGGACAGUCAUGAGAAAGAACCGGAAGUGAUCAGUACAGUCGGUCAGAACGACAACAUGUCCAAGGUGAAGCUCACUGAGUUUCCCUCUCCAAAAGAACUCAUGGCAAAGGACCUGGAGGCCAGGAGCAGAGGAGGGAUUGGAAGAAAUAUGGAGAGAAUUGUUACAAGGGAAUUUCCAAACUGUACUAAUGUCUAAGACAUGCG